AUGCAGAUUGGAAACAUUACGUCCGCUCGGGAUAUAAUGAAGUACGGACUGACCCAAGGUCAGUUUGACUGCAAGAAAGUGUACCUGGAUUACAGAUUGGCCAUGCUGGAGGGAAAUGACCUUUCAGGGUUCUUUCGUUUCGGGUUCCCGGAUGAACCCACGGUCUUACAAAAGCAGACGUGUCUCCUUUCGUGUGCCAUUGAAGCUCAGCUACAAAACAAACCGAACGAGUUGAUUGACUGCCUGGGACAGUUGAUUGAGUGCUCAAAUUCGGGAGACAUUCCUCAUGUGGAUUUCUCCCCCGCCGAGCAUCAUAUGUGA